UUUAAACAACGGUGAUAGGAAACGGGUUGUAUACGACAAGGUUGUUGGGUGAAGUGCACUGAAGAAAAAAGGAUAGUUUAGAUUGUUACCAUGUUACGGCUUAUGGUAAUACUUGGGUUAUGUGGUGUUCUGGGUGCUACUAGGAAUACGUAUCUUAUAACAGCACCAAGUGUUAUUGUACGUGGAGAAGAAUAUAAUGUUGGUGUACAUAUAUUAAAUGCAUCGGCACCAGUUCAGGUUCGAGCACAAAUAGUAGAAAUUGUAUACAAUGGUACUAAACAGACGCGUAAUGUACGAAAUGGAAACAGACAGAUGUUCAAGCAAGGAGUACCCGGAAGCUUAACUCUAAAGCUUCCUCGUAAUGCUGUGGCGGCCAGAACAUAUCGUUUAAAGAUCAGAGCAACUAAGGGACUCCAGUUGGAGAUGGAGCAGAAUAUCAGAGUUCAUAAUCAACAGGUGUCCACACUGGUACAAACAGAUAAAGCAAUGUAUAAAGGCAGACAAACAGUGCAAUUCCGUGUUUUGACUAUUUUCCCCGACCUGAAGCCCUAUAAAGGCAAGCUCAAUAUCGAUGUUAUAGAUGCACGAGGUAAUCGAGUUAAACAAUGGCUGAAUGAACAUGAUCAAUUUGGUGUUGUAUCGAAAGAUUUUCAACUCAGUGAUCAACCUCAAUCAGGGGAGUGGUCAAUCAAAGUCACCAUUCCAGAUUUAGAUGCUUACACCACGAGCCAACAUUUCACAGUACAGGAAUACGAAUUGCCCAAGUUUGAAGUAAUAGUUGAAUUGCCUCCAUAUGGUUUGAGAACAGAAACGGAAUUACAUGGCACGGUGAAAGCUAAAUAUACAUUUGGUAAAGAUGUUGAAGGAAUGGUAGAUCUAAGAGCUUAUAAAGGCAGUAUUAGAAAUUCUUGUGGUCGGGAGGAGAGAUAUUUGCAGCAGGUUUUCCCGAUAAAUGGUGAAGCCAAAUUUACGCUUUCUACUGCGGAUUUGAAGAAAAUUUCCAGUCAAUGGUCGGAUUUGUACAGCGUCAAUAUCGUUGCUAGGGUAACUGAGGAAAACACAGGAAAGGUUCUGAACGGGACUGAAUCUAUCACGUUUCAUUCUAAGCCGUACAAACUAUCGUUUUUAUCAACCAGUGCUAAUACCUUUAAACCGGGACUACCUUAUACGGCAUAUGUAAAACUAACCACCCAAGAUGAUGUCCCCGUCAUGAAUAGCACACGCGGUAUUGAAGUAUUCACGUGCGUCGAUUUUACACGCACAGUGUCGAAUCAGGAUCGUUAUGCAUGUUCACAGUUUCAAGGAACGUACAACUUACCAACCCAAUCUUUGAUCCCAUCCAAUGACGGUGUGGCCAAGAUUGCUAUUGAAGAAGUUCCCAGGAAUACCACACAGAUCAAAAUGAGAGCGUGGUAUAAUGAUAUAAGUGUAGACCUAUUUAUUUAUGCGGCUUCAUCCCCAAGUAAAAACUUUCUUCAGAUUUCAACAUUUGUCGAUGGAUCUGUAUCAAAGAUUGAUAGAACAGUGAAAUUUGAAAUACGAUCUACAGAAGCCAUUGGUACAUUAUAUUAUAUAAUUAAAGCAAGGGGCUCUGUUCAGAAAUCAGAACAAUACGAUAUGCAGAACACAACGAAUGCUAUUUUGAACCUACCUGUUACACCCAGUAUGUCGCCCUCGGCUUAUAUCUUGGUUUAUUACAUGAGAAAAAAUGGCGAAGUUGUUGCCGAUGGCUUAACGUUCAAUACAGACAGGUUAUUUAAAAAUAAAGUAUCUGUAGAUUUUAAUAAGGAAGCAGUAUCACCUCAAGACCGCAUCAGCCUCAUCGUAUCAGCUGAACCCAAAUCUCAAGUAUACCUCCUGGCAGUAGAUCAGAGUGUUUUAUUGGUAAAAUCAGGCAAUGAUCUGACUCCUCAAAAGGUGAAGUCAGCUCUAUCAAGUUUUAGUAAUGUUCCUAACCCUAUAGAUGAACCUGUCUGGCAUUAUGGUCGACAAUCAUCAGCUAAAAAUGCCAAAGAAUUUUUCAAGGAAGCUGGUGUGUUACUUAUGACAGAUAUUCAAUUUUUAAAAGAGUAUCAACAACGUGAAUCAAGACGACAAUAUGAUUCACCCCCCUAUGACUCGUAUGGUGGAGAGGCCGGUUAUCCCGGACCACCCGGGCGGGGGCCCGUGUCUAUUUCACUUGAAAGUACAGCAUUUACAGAAGGUCUAGUAGAGCCUGAACGAGUUAGAAAUAUUUUCCCAGAGACAUGGCUGUGGACCAAUGAGACUGUCGGAGCUGAUGGACGAGUGUCUAUAGAAGCUACUGCGCCUGAUACAAUCACGUCGUGGGUAGCCAGUGGUUUUGGAGUCCACAAUAAACUGGGUUUGGGUGUAGCGGAUGCCACCAGCAAGGUUUUGGUCGAGAAAAGUUUUUUUGUUAGCCUAAAUCUUCCGCCAUCAGUCAAAUAUGGAGAAGUUGUAACUAUACAAGCUAUUGUGUUUAACUAUUUAGAUCAAGAUGUACCGGUGAAAGUAACUCUACCUAAGUCAGCAGAUUAUACGAACAUAGAAAUAUCUAGAAAUGGCGAGGAGUCGGAUACAUCAGAGGAACAAUCUUCAACAUUACUUGUGGAGAAGGAUUCAACAACAUCAGUCUAUUUCCCAAUCCGACCUAAAACACGUGGUAUGAUAGAUAUCAAGGUAACAGCAAGUUCGUUUAUUGCCGCCGACGCUGUGAGAAGACAACUUAAAGUUACGCCUGAAGGAAUUCGACGAGAAACUAACCACAAUUUAUUGAUAAAAUCAACACGUUCUGGCAGUUACCAGGGACGUCUUUCAUUAGACAGACCACGAGACGUCGUUCCUGAUACCAUGAAGAUCAGAAUCACUGCCACAGGAGAUUUAAUGGGAUUAAGUUUAGAUAAUUUUGACAAUCUGAUCCAGCUUCCUACUGGCUGUGGUGAACAAAAUCUGAUGAAAUUUGCUCCAGUAGUUUUUAUUGCGGAUUACCUGAAAGCAUCCAACCAGAUGGAAGAUAACAUCAAGGCAAAAAUAAUUGAAACUCUUGAACUAGGUUACCAGAAACAGCUUUCAUAUCAACGCUAUGAUAAAUCCUAUGGUCCAUUUGGAGAUUCGGACGGUGCUGGAAGCAUCUGGUUGACAGCGUCUGUUGUACGAAGUUUUCAACAAGCUAAAGAGUAUAUUUAUAUAGACGAUACGACCACAGCGGAUUCUGUUAGAUGGAUUCUAGAUCGGCAGAACCUAGACGGUUCUUUUACAGAACAAGGUACCAUUAUAGACAAGAAAUUACAGGGCAAUCCUGUUAGUUUAACAUCGUAUGUAUUAAUAGCUCUGUUAGAUGUUGAGUCAUAUCUUCUAGAAACACAUAAUCCCGGCUACACCGAUAUGAGGCAUGUCUACAAGCUAGGUAAUGCAACGCAGAAAGCGACACAAUAUCUCGAGGACCAUGCUAGGCGGGAAAAAGAUGUUUACAAUAUGGCGAUAUUAGCUCUAGCGUUAACUAAAGCUAAAAGUGAACAAGCUGAUGACGCUUUGAUUCGUGUAGCCAACGAGUUAGAAUCAGAUGGUAAUAUGAAAUAUCUGGACGUGGACGAGGAAAAAGAAUCGGCAAUUCCAUACUAUAAGCACGUAAUAGAUUCACAUGACAUCAUAGCUACGUCAUAUCUUCUGUUGACCUAUGUUGAAAGACGUGAGAUAGAGACGGGAUAUGCGGUCAUGAAGGCUGUCGUAUCACGCAGAAAUGGACAAGGUGGUUUCCAGUCUUCGCAGGAUACUGUUGUAGCUCUUGAAGCUCUGAGUCGAUAUGCCACCAUAUCUCGACCUGCAGAUCUUAACCUGGAUAUCACCGUUACUAACAAUCAGGGCACAGACCAGGUACAGCUCAAUAUCAACAACAAUAACGCCCUAGUUAUUCAAAGCACACAGGUCAAAUGGGCGGAUGAUUAUUUAAACGUUGUAGCGUCUGGAUCUGGUGUAGGAUAUCUAGAUAUAAAUGUAGAAUAUUAUGUAACAGUACAGGAUGUUAAUGAAAAUUUUGAUGUCAGUACAGUUUUAUUAGAUGAUAAUAUCAAUGGGUUUACACUCAUGACGUGCUGCAAGGUUUUAGAUGACGAACCAACUGGCAUGACAACGGCGACUAUACAGAUUCCAGCUGGCUUUAGUCCCGAUUUAUCCAGUAUCAAUGUGGCAGGUGUAAGAAGAGUAGAAGGGAUCGGAGAUAAUGUCAAUGUCUACUUUGAUCAGAUAGGGAAAACGUCAACAUGUUUUAAUUUACAAGCAUCUAGAAGAAGUAUGGUGUCCAGUACCCAAAAGUGUUUUAUCAAAUUUACAGAUUAUUAUAAACCAUCUAAAUCUACUACUGUAUCUUACGAACCAAGACGAUUGAAAGAAUCCACCGUCUGUGAUGUCUGUACUAAAUGCUGCAAUAGCUCCUAGAUGGUCAUCCUGUGUGACGAAUAUUGGGUGACAGGUGGUAAUAUUCAUCAGGAUAAUAUAAAAACCAACCGAAUAUUAUCAGCAUAAAUAAACAUAAUAAUUCA